AUGCCCACCUACCUCUGCCACGGCUUCCGAUGGCACCGGCCGAGCAUCCGCGUCUUUGUCAUUGUGCAGGACCUCGAGGAUGCUUCGCCCGACUGGGUCAUCCGCCCGGCCACCACACGCAGCCUGCUCGAUGCCUUUGGUCGACUAUUUGACUUUUUACCGACGCAGGACCUCGAGACAGACGCAGAGGCCGAGGCAGCAGCUGUGGUAGCCGCCGCCGCCGCCGCUCAGAAAGCCGCCGAGGCCACGGCCGCGGCAGCCGCAUCCGCAUCCGAGCAGCGGGGGCGACGACAGUCCAUAUCGCAGGCAGCACGCGCAAAGAGCAAGUCGCGCAAGGACAAAAAGGACAAGGAGAAGGCGGCCAAGGUGAAGGAAAAGAAUGACGCAGCUGGCACACCCGGCGCAGCUGGCGCAGCGCCACUUUCCGGCCCCACACCGGUCGCAGGUGUCACGCGCCGUAACGAUGGCCGCGACGAGGUGCUGGCGCGGCAAGACCGCUCGCCCAUCAAGCUGCUCGAGGAGCACGACACACAGCGACUGGACGAAAUGUCGCGGCCCCAUGCGUACGUCGCCGACUACGUAGCGCGCAUCGACCUGUCGGCGUCCAUUGUGGACGAGAUGGCGCGGUACGAGCGGCUGCAGCAGCAGCGGUGGCGGCGCGAGCAAAAGACCAAAGACGGGUUUCCGUCCAUGGCCGGGCCGUCGGAGGAGGGCGCGUCGUUGGGCGCUGCACUGGGCGCAGGCGAAGGCAGCGGCGGCGUCAGCGGCGCGACGCUGACAAAACGAAAAAAGGGGUCAGGCUGGCUCGAGCAGCUGCGGGACCAGCUGCAACGCGGCGAAGAGAUCCGGUGGUAUGUGGUCGUAAACGACGAUGAAGACCGAGCGUACCCAGGCGAAAUCGAGGGCGAGGAGACCGACGACGAGACGGAAGAAAACGUGCUGGCGGCGGAGGCACAGGCGGAGGCACAGGCGAAGACCGAAACGACACGACAAGAAAGACUGCGCACGGAGGAAGACGAGAUUUUGCCGGAGCGACGACAGCCCAGCUCGUUUGGCGACUUUAUGGACGAGCACGGCUUCGGCGACAGCAUCGCCACGGCGUCGUCCCCACCGGUCAGCAACCGCUACCUGGAGCAAGAACGGGAGCGGGAAAAGGAGCGACAAAGACAGCGGCUGCGCUUUGAGCUCACGGGCGAUCCCAAUAUUUUGGAAAAAUGGAACAUUCCCUCACCAACAUCAGCGACUGCGCCCCGCGCAAGCUACCGUCCAGGCCCGGGAAAGCCUACGAUAACGCCUUCGGCGUCGGCGGCGUCAACGGCAGCCCCGAUGCCUCACAACAAGCACAACAAGCACAACAAGCACAACAAGCACAACAAGCACAACAAGCACAACAAGCACAACAAGCACAACAAGCACAACAAGCACAACAAGCACAACAAGCACAACAAGCACAACAAGCACAACAAGCACAGCAAGCACAACAAGCACAACAAAACCAUCAGCAGCACCAGCAGCAUCAUCAACAACAACAUCAACAGAAUGGUCGGCGAGAUCGGUCCUCGACGAUGA